AUGGCCAGCAUACCAUCUGGCAAGCCGGUCGGCAAAGAUUCAGGCUUGCGAUACCCGGCGAACGGCAAGACAAUCUACCACAGGCCACUGAAUCGGAGCAGGACGGGCGAGCUCAGCCAGGCGGCCUUUGCUUACCUCUUUUCCGAGAUGGUGACUUAUGCGCAACGGCGGGUGACUGGUAUCCAAGAUCUAGAGAAAAGGCUCAACGUCCAAGGCCACCCGAUCGGCGUCAAGCUCCUCGACCUCCUCCUGCACCGCGAGCCGGCCAAGUCGCAGCAGCGGCCACUCAACAUCAUCGCCCUCCUUCACUUCAUCAAGAUCAACGUGUGGACGCACCUGUUUGGUCGACAGGCCGACCGCCUCGAGAAGAGCAGCGACCCGACCAAGCCCGACGAGUACAUGAUUGUCGACAACGAGCCGCUCGUUAACGCCUACGUCAGCGUGCCCCGCGAGAUGUCGCAGCUCAACUGCGCCGCCUUCGCCGCCGGCGUCAUCGAGGGCGUCUGCGACGGCGCCGCAUUCCCCGCCAGGGUCACCGCCCACACCAUGGGCAAGCCCGACGAGGGCGAGAUGUGGCCCGGCAAGACUGUGUUUCUCGUCAAGUUCGCGCCCGAGGUCGUCGAGCGCGAGGCGUACCUCCCAAAGACGUAG